UCCAUCACCAUUCUUGUUGUAAUUGAUCGACAUUAGUACAUCACCUAAUCAGGUUGAAUAUGCCGUGCGACGUUGCAUGUAAUAAUUCGGAUAUAUGCCUGGAUACUGUGCGAUGUUAACGUUUCGAUACGGGCGGGACGGGUGGAAUUGUGAGACGGAAGAGCUGAAGCUGAAACGCCAGCGCGCGUGGCACCUGAGACAUAUUUCCCGUAGUGUUGAUUAUUCAUCAAUUACCGUCAUCACCACACAUGCUCCUCUUGAGCAAGUCUUCAGAUGAGGGCCAUCAAGAGUCUUCUCCAUUCACGAAUUGUAUCUCGUGGCACUGCAUCUGGUGAGGCAACUUUCCGGACAGCUUUCGACCCAUACACCUAUUCCCAAGGGCGUUGGUUGGACAAGGAUUCAGAGCGACGAGCUGAACGACAUCUAUACUUCAACUUCCAAGCUCUCCUCGACACUGUGAUUGCCUCAUGUCCCGGUGCGCGAAGUGUUGUCAAAUGUGAGAAGAAAGAAGGAGGUUUCAACCGAGUGUUCUGUAUUCAACUUGACAACGGCCGCAAUGUUAUCGCUCGGGUUCCAACUCGGGCUGUGGCGAAUCCUGGACUCUCGGUGAGCUCCGAAGUAGCGACAUUGCGAUUUGUGAGGUGCAACACCACUAUACCCGUCCCUGCAGUGCUGUCAUGGAGCUCGAUAAAGACCAACCCGGUCAGUUCAGAGUAUAUGGUCAUGGAGACUAUACCAGGUGUGCAGCUAAAAGACGUAUGGAAUGAUAUGUCGGCAUCGCAGCACAUCCAAUGCAUAUACUCCAUCGGGAAAUUGACGAAGCAGCUGUGCCAGCACGAGUUUCCAGCAUACGGGUCGCUUUUCAUGAAAGAUUGUGCACCUCAAGGAUCUCGAUCGCUGGAGGCUGAACAAUCGGUCGUCCUUGGGCCCACUCAUACUUGCUUUCCGAACGGGGUCCUUCCUAUCGAAAGCGAUGCGCCAAGUCGCUCGCUCAGCGAAUACUACGAUACUUUAUCCCGUUCACACAACAUGAUAUCUGGCCACAAUCGAGGGAGCAAUGAAUCCUUGCUCCGAGAUCCUUGGACCAAUUUUUCUAAGGACCAUGGUAUGCUUCUUGACGCGUGUUUUAAAACGCUGGAGUUUCUAGUUAGCCUCCCAGAAGUGCAGGAUGCGGCACGUCCGAUAUUAUUCCAUCCUGACCUCCACACUCGGAACAUUUUUGUCGACGAGACCGACUUGACCAAGGUGACCGGCAUCAUCGAUUGGCAAUCCGCAACCGUCUCGCCAGCAUUUGUCUACGCGGCCGACACACCAGAUUUCGCAGCGAAGCCUGAGCUGGACGAGACGCUGGAAACAGCAGCUAACAAAGGGGCAAGCGCUGACAGCAACAGUCCUCUUGCAAGGAUGCAAGCCGAUGCAGACUUUUGCGCGAAAACAUGGGCGGCUGUAGCGCAGGUGCAUCAGGGGUAUCGAGAGGCAGGCAGACUCGGACAAACGCUGCUCUCGUUUCUUGCUGCUGGACACUGUGGCUGGCUCAAGGAUCCCACCACUCUCCAGGUACUACUCCUCAAUCUCUAUGAAGAUUGGACCGAUUUCGGGCUUCCUGGACAAUGUCCUUAUCAACCCCCCACCGAAGAGAUCGCGAGAGCCCGCGAAGUCCGCGAAAGAUUGCAGACGACGCAGCGUUUGAAACAGCUCUUGUCGCGAAAUCUGAGAUGCGACUUUGAUGGAUGGGUAGCGGAAUCGCGUUGGGACGAGGUCGUUCCUUUGUAUCGAGCGAUUUACGAUGAUUUUGUGGCUUCAUAUACUGACGGGAUCGUCGACGCGUCCUUGAAAGAUCAGGCACGUCAGGAGGCCAAUUCCAUCUGGCCCUUUGACUUGAGGUAGGAACAUACAUGCAUUAUUACAUUUUCAACAUAUGAAGACGAACCCGAUGUGUUUUGGAUUCCAAGGUCGCUGGCAUCACUCUUAUACUCGUGCAGAUAGUACAUCACGCAAUGACAUUAGACGAUAGAACGUUAUGGAUAGAUAUAUCCUCUGGAGAGCAGUCAGGUCUCGCUUUAUCGA